CAUCUUGUUCCCCAAAAACCUGAUUUCAAAAAAUUUGAGUGUCCUCCUCCAUUGAUAAGAGUGAAAGAAGAAGGCCAGGAAUCCGUGCUUUUCUCUACCAAACAAGAACAACCCAUUAAAAUCUCUGCUCAAAACCCCAAUUCCUUGGUUCUAGAUACGUUUUUUUAACCAAUUUACACUCAAAAUCUAUACUCACCAGAACCCCAUUGCCCUUUUCUCUUCUCUCUCUCAGAGCUCAUCAAUCUUUCCUGCUCGUUCAAGCAAGCGGCUGCAGUGCACACAAAUAAUCGUUAGCUUUAAAUGCAAUUUAUGGCCCCACAACUAUAUGCUUGAGUCCUUUUUUGCCUAUCUUCCUUCUUCAAAUAUUGUGUUGUUCUUCUGUUUCUGUUGGCUUCAUUCCCUCUCCCCAUGUCUUAGAUUCUUCCAUUUUCAAGAUUUGAGUGAUUUAGCUCUUCUGGGUCUGUAGUUUUUGGGUUUUUUUUUUGUUUUGUUUUGUUUUUUUUUCACCCCCUUUUGGAUUUGGUUUAUGAUCCAUCAUCCAGGGUGUUGGUGAUGAACUGGGUGUUAUAGAUUGUGGGGUGAGUAACUAGAAGCCAUAAUGGUUGGACCUGCUAUUAAUGUCAGGACCCGUUUGUCCUUCUCCGACGUUAAUGGCGGAGAGGAGCUUUGUCUUACCAGUGCUCCGACGAGCAUUGCCGGCUCUGAGUGCGGUGGCAUUGAGUUCACUAAAGAGGACGUUGAGGCUUUGUUGAAUGAGAAGCUUAAAAGGAAGGAUAGGUUUAAUCUAAAGGUCAGUCCCUCCUUUUCAGCGGUUAAGGAAAAAUGUGAUAACAUGGUGGAGUACAUUAAAAGGCUUAAACUCUGCAUCAAAUGGUUCCAAGAGCUUGAGUAUAGCUACUUAUUAGAGCAGAGGAAGCUACAAGAUGAGCUAGAAACCUCUGAGAUCAAGUCCAGUGAAAUGGAGAUGAUAGUGAAGAACAAGGAAGAGGAAUUGAAUUCUAUCAUUGUAGAACUUAGAAAGAACAAUGCAUUCUUGCGAGAGAAAUUCACACAAGAAGAAUCCGAGAAGUUGGCUGCAGUAGAGUCUCUCACUAAGGAGAAAGAGGCUAGGCUCAUAAUGGAGAGGUCACAGGCUUCGAUCUCCGAGGAGCUUGCAAGGGCUCAACGUGAGCUCUCGAGUGCGAAUCAAAAGCUAUCGUCUCUUAAUGAGAUGUACAAGAGGUUGCAGGAUUACAUUACGAGUUUACAACAAUAUAAUGGCAAACUUCAUACCGAGCUUUCGACUGCUGAGGAUGACCUCAAACGAGUAGAGAAAGAAAAAGCUGCCAUGGUAGAGGAUCUCAGUAUGAUCAAGGGCGAACUUGCAUUGUCUAAAGCUUCUCAAGACGAGGCAUUAAAGCAGAAGGAUGCUAUGCUGAACGAAGUUACGUGUUUAAGACGAGAAAUACAACAGGUUAGAGAUGAUCGAGAUCGUCAACUCUCUCUGGUGCAGACUUUGACAGAUGAAGUAGAGAAUUGCAGGGAGUCAGCAGAAAAGUACUGUGAGGAGCUGGAUGAAAUGAAGGCAAAAGCAAAUGAAUUAGAGGCAAGAUGUUCUUCACAAAGCAUUGAACUAAAAACAUUGCAAAAUCAUCUAGCUGCUGCAGAAAACAAGCUGCAGGUCUCUGAUCUAACUGCAAUGGAGACGAUGCACGAAUUCGAAGAUCAACGGAGACUCGUAAGUGAGUUACUAGCACGGCUCGGAGAUGCAGAAACUAAGCUAAUGGAAGGAGAGAUGCUUCGAAAGAAACUGCAUAAUACCAUAUUGGAAUUGAAAGGGAACAUUCGUGUAUUCUGUCGAGUGCGACCUUUGUUACCUGAUGAACGUUCUAGCCCCGAAGGAAAUUUCAUCUCGUACCCGUCAUCAGUCGAAUCGCUUGGACGAGGAAUCAAUCUAGUGCAAAAUGGGCAACGACAUUCUUUCACGUACGACAAGGUUUUUGCACCGGAAGCAACACAAGAAGAUGUCUUUGUAGAGAUUUCCCAGCUUGUACAAAGCGCCCUCGACGGUUAUAAGGUUUGUAUAUUUGCGUACGGUCAAACGGGUUCGGGAAAAACGUAUACAAUGAUGGGUAAAACAGGGUUUCUAGAGGAGAAGGGACUGAUACCUCGAUCAUUGGAACAAAUAUUUCAAACCAGGCAAUCUCUUCAACCUCAGGGUUGGAAAUAUGAUAUGCAGGUAUCGAUGUUGGAAAUAUACAACGAAACGAUCCAUGAUUUACUAUCAUCAAACCGAUCAGCUCCAGAUGUGCUACGAGCAGAAAAUGGUUCUCCUUUGAAACCGUACUCGAUCAAACACGAUGCAAAUGGAAACACACAAGUGUCUGAUCUUACAGUUGUAGAUGUUCGUAGCGCCAAGGAGGUCUCGUUUCUAUUACAGGAAGCUUCUCGGAGCAGAUCCGUUGGCAAAACCCAAAUGAACGAGCAAUCAUCGAGAAGUCAUUUUGUGUUCACUCUUAAAAUAUCCGGUGUCAACGAGAGUACUGAUCAACAAGUACAAGGCGUUUUGAAUUUGAUUGAUCUUGCUGGGAGUGAGCGUCUUUCCAAGAGCGGAUCGACGGGGGAACGACUGAAAGAAACCCAAGCCAUAAAUCGAAGUUUAUCGUCUUUGAGCGAUGUUAUAUUUGCUUUGGCAAAGAAGGAAGAACAUGUGCCAUUUAGAAACUCAAAGCUUACAUAUCUUCUUCAGCCUUGUCUCGGUGGAGAUUCGAAGACGUUGAUGUUUGUAAAUAUCUCUCCCGAUUCCUCCUCGGCUAACGAGUCGCUCUGCUCGCUUCGCUUUGCUGCUCGGGUCAAUGCUUGCGAGAUCGGUACUCCUCGACGUCUAACCAAUACACGACCUUAAGGUUUAUGCUUGAGCCUUGCUUUUACAUUGGCAAAUCAGCUAUCUGAUAAUUGAAUAUGAGGAUGAUUAUGACUUAGGCUUAGUUGUAUAGCAAAAGAGAUCUGAUUGUAUUAAUGAAAGCAAGAUUUUUUUCCCAA